UAUAACAAUAUUAUGACACCUAAAAUAGUUUAAUUAAUUCUGCUGUCCUGGUUGUUCUUUUUCCUCAAUGCCAUCGUUAUCUCCCUGAGUUUGCGACUGCAAUUUUGUGGUAAUGUUCUAGACAGAGUGUAUUGUGACAACUACUCGAUAGUCAAGCUUGCCUGUUCAAAUACUACGCUGAAUAACAUAUGGGGUCUUGUUGGCACUGUGCUUUCUAUUUCUUGUACUAUAUGUCCUAUAUACUCAUAUGUAAAAUUCUACAUUUGUUUAAAGUCUUCUAAAGAGGAAAUGAAACAGAAGCAUUUAACACCUGUAUGCCACAUAGCCUCUUUGCUGAACUUCUCCUCUGGCUGUUUUAUUUGUGAUUCUGCAAGGCGAUAUGAUACUGCACAUCUUCCACCUAUAAUUCGCACUAUUUUAUUAGUUUAUUUUCUAAUAUGUCCACCACUUUUCAAUCCUAUUAUGUAUGGCAUUAGGAUGGCUAAUAUCAGGCAGACUUGUAAAAAGCUAAUGAGGCUUUGA